UAACUUGGCCCGAAAUAAGGCUCAGCUGAGACAGAGCAUUGAGCUUGUCGAGCCGAAUGUUACUUGGUUAGUUGUGUGACGAUCGACUUUGGGCGCUGUUGUAUUGUAAGAAGAAUGUCGGGUAUAGCGGCGGAUCGUGUAAAAAAUUAGCAGUUUGUAGAUUCAAAAAAUGAGAUAAUACAUUGCAUUUACAUACAUAUCUACAAACAUACUUAUUUAAUACUGUUGGAGUUGCAAAGACUGAUAAAAAAAAAGGGUUCAAGUAAUAUCUUGCAACCCAUUAAGACGCGUUCAGCUUUUUGAAAGCUAUUCCUAGGAGUCUGUACAAGUUUAUACAGAAGUAAAAACGAGACAAAAAAUAUUUGCAUCCAAACAUCACCAACCAGUCAUUGCUUCUGUGUCUUAACAUAUCGGAUUCUUGUCGUCGUCAAAGAUAUGAAACGCUAACGUUGCCACAAUGCCCCGAAAACUAUUGAAAUUUCUUAUUAUCUUCGACAAUACAUCCUUGCUUUACUUUCCCGGACAAUUUCUAUCAGGUCGUGUACUCAUCGAACUGCAAGAUGAUACUCCUGCUUUGGGGCUGCAUUUUCAUGUUGUCGGCGAAGGAGUGGUGCGCGCUGGUACGGCACGACAGGAGCGUACAUACGACAAAGAAAACUACAUUGACUUUCGAAUGAGACUUUUGGGCGAUGUUGAUCAAGGCCCAUCAGUCCUUUCGCCUGGCAUACACAGUUUCCCAUUCAAACUUGGCCUUCCAGUGGGAUUACCGUCAACUUUCUUGGGCCGUUAUGGCUGGAUACAAUACUACUGUAAAGCCGCUCUACGCGAACCAAAUGGUCUAAUACAUAAAAACCAUCAAGUCUUCAUUGUGAUGAACCCGAUUGAUCUCAAUUUGGAGAGGCCCAUUCUAUCGCAACCGUUUACUUGUGAAAUCGAACACAAACUUGGUGUGGCAUGCGUGGGCGGUGGUAAAGUUGUUGCUCGGGUGGCACUUGAUCGCGGCGGUUAUGUACCUGGGGAGAGUAUAUUGAUCACUGCACUAAUUUCGAAUCACAGUAAUGUGACGAUCAAACGAACAAAAGCUUCCCUUACAGAGACCAUUGAAUAUUUGGCACGAGGAAAAGUGGUGCAAACGGAAAAACGUGCCUUGGCCGCUCUAGCACGCGGGAAGAUACGUCCCGGCGGCAAGGACGAAUGGCAAAACGAUAGCUUGUAUGUACCACCGCUUCCGCCAACGAAUUUACAUGGUUGCCAUCUAAUAAAAAUCUCCUACGAUGUGUUUUUUGUCAUCGAGCCGAAGUCGUUAGAAAAGGAAAUUAAAUUGCAGUUACCCAUAGUUCUAGCCACUUAUCCAUUUCGUAAUAAUGGCAAUGAUGUCUCGAAUACAUGGCCAGAUUCAGUACUUAAACCGGAUACUCAUUAUCCAUCAACGUUGCCAAUUUUUCGGCCGUGGUUGCAUGAGAAGCCUGAUCCAAAUUAAAUGUUAAACCAAUGAGAGCGAAAUACAUGCAUAUGUAAAUACAUUUGUACAUUAGGGUGGUCCAGAACUUUUUUCUUCAGCUACUCGCCAGAACUGAAGAGCAUCGAAAAUAAGAAGACGUUUUAUACUUAACCGCACCGUCUGCACCUUGAAGUUGUCCGUAUAUUUUACAUUAGGAAUACACUAUAAAAAAUCGUUGAAAAUAAAUAUUUUUAAUCGAAUAAGAAAGAAUAUUUCCCACCACAGAAGAUUAUGGUGCAUAGUCAACUUAAAAAAUUUUACUAAAUAAAUGUGUUGUUUUAUGUGUUCCUAACCACAUAACGCACGUAAUGAAAAAAUAUUUAGUAAAAUUUUAAAGUAAAAUAUCUAUGCAACAUCAUUUUAUUUUUUGAAGAUUACUGACGAGAAAUACACUCCCAGUAAUUUGAAUAGCACACCCUUUCGAUCCUCAGUAUGUACAGUUUUCCUUUUUCUGUUUCAUAUUCAUUAAUUUUUUAUAAAAAAUUACCAUAUUCCUCGUGUAAA